AUGUACAACCUUCCAAGACAAAUACGAGAAGCAUGGUCUCUCGAUUUUGUGGGCCAGGGCCUGUCGUUGCCCGGGGAGGACCCGACCUUUUUGAGCUCAAGGGAUGGGAAUAAGAACGGGUUUAACAGGCAGAGUGGUGGUGUUUGGGGUUUUGGAGAUGAAAGCAAGGAUUGGGCUAAGGGUUUGGUUUUCUCGAUCGACCUGUGGAGGGACCAAGUGCGGUGCUUUGUACAAGAGGUGAUUAAAGAGCCCGUUUAUAUAGUGGGAAAUUCGCUCGGGGGAUAUGUGGCGCUCUAUUUUGCUGCAUGCAACCCUGAAUUAGUGAAAGGUGUAACCUUGCUGAAUGCAACCCCGUUUUGGGGUUUUCUCCCAAAUCCCGUACGUUCUCCAAGAUUAUCGAGGCUUUUUCUGUGGACUGGGACUUUCCCGCUACCUUCUGGUGUCAAGAAAUUAACGGAAGUUUUAUGGCAGAAAAUAAGUGAUCCAAGAAGUAUAGCCGAGAUACUGAAGCAAGUAUAUGCCGAUCACUCGACAAGAGUCGAUGAGGUGUUUUCUCGUAUUAUCGAGACAACAAGACACCCAGCAGCAGCUGCAUCAUUUGCUUCCAUCAUAUUUGCUCCUCAGGGACAGUUAUCUUUUGACGAAACCUUAACUAGGUGUAAAACGAACAAAACACCCGUUUGUCUCAUGUAUGGGAAAGAGGAUCCUUGGGUACGGCCAGUAUGGGGUUUUCAGGUCAAACGUAAAGUUCCGGAAGCUCCAUAUUAUGAGAUAAGUCCGGCUGGUCAUUGCCCUCAUGACGAAGUUCCUGAGAUGCAUUGGUACCGGAGAACGAGGGAUCGCCGGAGAAUUCGAGUGAUUCCAGUUGGGAGAACGCGAGUGCUUCAGAUAACGUUUCGGUGUGUGGCUGCAAUGAGGGACUUCUUCGGCGUCAUCUCUAGCGCGAGUCUCGAGGUGGUUGUUGUAGCCAAGCAGGAAGGGGAACACGAUGGGACGGGCCGGGAGUCAAGCCUCUGCAAUUCUCUGAAGUACUACGUGGCGGUUUUCGACUCGGUGGAUGUCGGCCUGCUCUCUGGGAGCGCGGCCCGGUUGAGGGUGGAUGGAGGUGAUGUCGGGGGCCGAGUUUCGGAGUCUGGAGGUCGGAUCCUUCACAUGGCCAUUGUUGAUAUUAGGUCGACAGAGGUACCUGGACCAGCGAUGAUGAUUGUGGGGCAGAGGAAAGAUUCACAAAACUAUGUCAAUAUGAAAAGGAAAGCCUCUGCCGAAGUUGCUAUCAACUCCAUUGAUUUUCAAGGAAAUCGGCAGGGCUGCUGUUCCCGCUCUAAACGGUUUCGGUCCCUUCGUAUCCAAGAGCUGCUUGAUUUCAAGUGUGAAUACCCAAAAGCAGAGAAAGCACGAUACAUAAUUUACAGCUUCUAG